CAGCAGUGGGGGUUCUGCCAGCAGCGGGUUCACAAGGAAUGUCCAGCGCGCGGCCUCGCAGUUGAAUGUCUAUUUCUGGACAUGGGGGCGAAAGAGGGUUUACAUCCCAUGCCGAGCAAACCCUCGCCGUCCCAAGUUGGCCCGGCAUGCAUCGCCAGGGGACCAGAAGUAUUGGCAGCGCCGAAUCAGUCCGUAGCCUACCACGAUUACCCGGUGAAACAGAAUGCCCCAAAGUCCAAAACAAUUGACUGUGAGGGUGGGCCAGACAUUUGAGGUGAUUGAUGACGACAAUUGGGCCAAGUGGAUAGAGAAGGCAUUUAGACGAAGACGAU